AUGGCCAACAACCCCUGGACUUACGACCCUAGCCCUGCGGCUGCCAUCAUUUUUCUCCUUCUCUUCACCGUUGCUACUCUUUGGCAUGCGGUUCUUCUUUUUACUCGAAGAACCUGGUACUUUAUUCCCCUUGUCAUUGGUGGUGCCCUCGAGAUUGUCGGCUAUGUAACACGCUAUCUAGGCAGCAGAGACCUCGAAAACCUCACGUUCUUCAUCAUUCAGACUCUCGCCAUCCUCGUCGCACCCGCUCUCUUGGCAGCGUCUAUAUACAUGGUCUUAGGCCGACUGGUGGUCCUCGUCCACGCAGAGACCUACCUUCCGGUGCGGCCAACUUGGCUGACAAAGAUCUUUGUCGGCGGAGACAUCUUGUCCUUUAUUAUCCAGAUUGCCGGUUCGGGCAUGUUGUCGAGCAACUUUAGCUUGGGCAAGGCCAUCAUCCUGGUCGGCUUGGCCAUCCAGCUCAUCUUCUUCGGCCUGUUCGUUGUUUCCGCCGCCCUCUUCUAUCGACGACUCGACGCGAACCCAACACCGACAACCUUUCGGCUAGAUGCGUGCAGCAGCAAAGGAGGAUGGAGAGGAGUGAUGCACGUCCUGUUCUUGACCAGCGCCUUGAUCUUCAUCCGGUCCGUUUUCCGCUUCGUCGAGUUCACAGGAGAUCACGACUCGCCCAUGAUGACUAGCGAAGCUUAUAUCUACAUCUGUGACUCUCUGUUGAUGGUUGGUGUCAUGGCAGCUCUGCUUUAUCUUCACCCGUCAGAAUACAUCCGGGCCCCCAAGGAUAUGAACUCGCUGGAGGGAGAGGAAAUGUAA